AUGAACCUCCGCACCAUCCUCACCGCCCUGUCGCUGGACGCGCUCGUCGCCUCUGCUGCCGACGCUCCAGCCACGGCUACGGCUCUAGAAAACACUCUGCAUAUAAUGAUGGAUUUAUCCUCGUUAACAGCGAGCGCUGCAAUUGAUAUCUUUCCUUCAACAGCGGAUCGCUUCUUACCGGAUGUCAUCGGUGGAUUUGAGUUAAUCACGACGGCCGCGGAGAACGAGUUUGUGGUACUUGGGCACUCGCAGGAAGCGGUCGCAGGAGCGAUGGAUGCAAGUAUGCAAACGGAGAUCUGUGAGAUGUUUCGCGAUUUCGCCGACGUCCAUCGAAUUCUCAUGGAGAUCAUAAUUGGAAAGAAUGACACUCUCACCAUGAUCUUGUCGAAUGCUACUGCCACACCCCCAGACGUCCUACCAAAGCUUGAAGACCGUGUGAAUGGAUGCAGCAAGGCCAUUACGUCCUUGACUCAGUUGACUCUGCCCCUAGUUCCGAUCUGCGCGGGUGGUAUUGUGAGUGAUCAAGGACGGUAUAAUGAGACUACCGAGGAAUUAAAGUCGGUUCUCCAUUAG